UGUGCAGCUCAGCGGCAGAGACUGAGCUCUGCAGCUCCCCUCCCGGGAAGCGGGAGCUGGAGGAAGGACCCAGGCAGACGCCUCUCAUAGAAAUAUCUAUAUUUUUCCAGCCUGGGCUGCCCCUUCCCGGGCGGGGGGGCUCCUUCCAGCGCUCCCGAAAGCCAGAGAGAGGGCGAGCGCUGUGUUUGUUUCUUUGCAAGGAGACCUCCUCAGGCACCCCGAGCGGCGUUGCUCCCCGGCCUUUUGCAAUAUAGAGGGGAAGCAGGCCAUGGUGAACCCCGGCGGCAGCUCGCAGCCGCCCCCGGUGACGGCGGGCUCCCUCUCGUGGAAGAGGUGCGCCGGCUGCGGGGGGAAGAUCGCCGACCGCUUCCUGCUCUACGCCAUGGACAGCUACUGGCACAGCCGCUGCCUCAAGUGCUCCUGCUGCCAGGCCCAGCUGGGGGACAUCGGCACCUCCUGCUACACCAAGAGCGGCAUGAUCCUCUGCAGAAACGACUACAUCAGGUUAUUUGGAAAUAGUGGUGCUUGCAGUGCCUGUGGACAGUCCAUUCCUGCCAGUGAGCUGGUCAUGAGGGCACAGGGCAACGUCUAUCAUCUUAAGUGUUUUACAUGCUCUACCUGCCGGAAUCGCCUGGUCCCUGGAGAUCGGUUUCACUACAUCAAUGGCAGUUUAUUUUGUGAACAUGAUAGACCUACAGCUCUCAUCAAUGGCCAUUUGAAUUCACUUCAGAGUAAUCCACUACUGCCAGACCAGAAGGUGAAUACUCAACAAUUACUAAUAAGCUUUAUUAGAGCUAAAUGAAGAUCAAUUUCUUUUCAUUCUAAUAGUGGACAUUCCCCACCCCUGCAAGGAGACCUUUAAGUAACUGAACUUACCUUAAAUAACUUAGGCAUGGGGUAUGGUGAGAAAAUACUAACCUUUUAAAUAUGACAUAUAGGGUGAGUCAGUUUAUUUUGGUUUGGGCAUGUGCAUCUGUAUAGCUGUUGAACUCCUUAUGGACAAAGUGAAAUGGAGAGCAUACAUUAAUAUAAACUCUUAACAAAGAGAAGUAUUUUAUUUUAUAAUCUUGAAAUUAAGGGCUACAAGAGAGCAGGUUUCUGUGGGAGGAAAAUUAGAUCCUUUAAUGUGGAAAUAAAUGUCUUGUGAAGAGAAGGUUCCUGAACUAAACCAAUGUAUUUCACUUUAGUAUUAAGGUUUUAGUUGAGGAAGCAUGCUGGGGUACUCUUUCAGAAGUAUUUUCUUGUCUGUUUUGUAUGUCAUAACUCAGAUUUGAAAACCAAAGUGCUAUUUUCUUAUCGCUCCAUAACACUAAUAGCUCAACUAGAGAUUGUAUAUCUCUGUGGUUGAUAGCUCUUGGUUUCUAGCUAAAUGAGUAAAUAAUGACUGUACAAAUCAUACAGAGAAGAAGAAGAAAACAAAUUCUGAUCAACAGUUGUCCUGUAACUCUGAAACUAGGUAGUUUUAGAUCUAUUUUAAUCUCCUUAAUAAGUCCUAAAGCUAUGCAAGUGAGUGCAUUUUGAUAACUGCUGUGCCUAAUUUGUAACAAUUACUGUCAACCUUGAGUUAAGAGACUGUUCAUUCCACCCUGGUCCAGAAAAGAGUGAAUGUAUGACUCUUGCACAUAAUUUUAUUCACAUCAUAUUUCAUACUGAUUAUGUAUUGAUGACAUUGAUUCAUUUACUCUUUACAGCGCCACUUGCAUGGAUAUUAAAUCUUAU